AUUUGCUCAAGAAAAAUUUACUAAAAUUAUUUCCCAAAAAACCGAAUUAACAAUGAAUUCAACACGACAUUAUGGACGAUUAUUUCAUCUUUCGAGAAAUAUUAAUUAUUCACAACAACAACAACAACGAUCGAUAGCUAUUCAAAGAAAUAAUUGCUGUCGACAUACAAUAACAUUGGAUAAUAUAAAUGAUAAUGUUAAACGAUUAGAAUAUGCUGUACGUGGUCCAUUAGUAAUACGUGCUGGUGUGAUUGAAAAUGAAUUAAGACAAUCAUCAAAUCAUCAUACAAAACCAUUUAAUGAAGUAAUACGUGCAAAUAUUGGUGAUUGUCAUGCAAUGGGUCAAAGACCAUUAACAUUUUUACGACAAGUACUUGCAUGUGCUUCGGAUGAUAGUCUUUUAAAUUAUCCAAAUUAUCCGGAUGAUGUUAAAGAACGAACAAGAUUAAUAUUAAAAUAUUGUGGUGGACAAUCGGUUGGUGCUUAUUCUGAUUCGACUGGUGUUGAAAUUAUACGAAAACAUUGUGCCGAAUAUAUUAGUAAUCGUGAUGGUAUUGAAUCUGAAUGGCGUGAUAUUGUAUUGACUACUGGUGCUAGUGAAGGUAUUCGUUCAGUAUUGGCUUUAAUCAAUACAAUUUCAACGGAUACAUUACCAUCAGGUGUUAUGAUACCUAUACCACAAUAUCCACUUUAUUCAGCCACAAUAACCGAAUAUGGAAUGUAUCCAAUUAAUUAUUAUCUUGAUGAAGAUAAUCAAUGGUCAUUGAAUAUUGAUGAAUUGAAACGUUCAUUGAAUGAAGCCAAAGGAAAAUGUAAACCAAAAGCAAUUGUCGUUAUUAAUCCGGGUAAUCCAACUGGUUCGGUAUUGACUAAAAAAAAUAUCGAAGAUAUUAUACAUUUUGCAAAGGAAAAUAAAAUUCUAAUCAUUGCCGAUGAAGUUUAUCAACAUAAUAUUUGGGAUGGUGAAUUUUUUUCAUUCAAAAAAAUUCUCAAUGAAUUAAAUGAAGAUAUUGAAUUAGCAUCAGUAAUGUCAGCAUCAAAAGGCUAUAUGGGUGAAUGUGGAUUGCGAGGUGGUUAUUGUGAAUUGGUAAAUUUUGAUCAAUCAGUUAAGGCAAUGUUUUACAAAAUGUUAUCCGCUCGUCUUUGUUCAUCAAUACUUGGACAGAUUGCAUUAGAUUGUAUUGUAAAACCACCGGAUGUUAAUGGUGAAUCAUAUGAACAAUAUCAACGUGAAAAAUCCGAUGUAUUAGAAUCAUUAAAAUAUCGUGCUAAAUUAGUUGCCGAUACAUUCAAUGAAAUACCUGGUAUAAAAUCGAAUAAAGUAGCUGGAGCAAUGUAUGCAUUUCCACAAAUAGAUUUACCGAAAAAAGCACAAGAAAAAGCUGCCGAACUUGGACAAAAACCGGAUUUUUUCUACGCAAUGAAUCUUCUUGAAACAACCGGUAUAUGUGUUGUACCUGGGUCCGGUUUUGGACAGAUACCCGGUACAUACCAUUUUCGAACAACAAUUUUACCACAAAAUGAAAAACUUGAAACAAUGAUGAAAAAAUUUAAAGAAUUUCAUCAAAAUUUUAUGAAGCAAUAUUCCUGAAAAUAUUAGUGUAUUCGUUAUCUUUGAACAAACAUUUUGAGAAAAGUUUGUUCAGUGAAUUUUUUUAGAUUUUUUGUUUGAAUUUUUGUAAUUUUUAUU